AUGAACGGCAGUACAAAGAGAGUCCUGGUUAGCGACCGAAUCAAGAAUGGGGCUCAUCCGACCAGACGCCCAAACACAGCUGCGGGAUGUGCCUCGCGAGACAACGAACGAAUCGAAAAUUACAGCCCGACAGACAAUCCGCAACUAACGGAAAAGAUACCCACCGAAUGGCACAACGUCGGAGCUGUCGAUCAACGCAUCUCGCUCCGCGAUCGGAUCGAACCAGUCGGAAUGGCACGCGGAAGAAGAGGCAACGUACAUGCCAAGUGCGAACCAAGACCAACAACGAAUGACCCACAGAAAGAGGCAUGA